AUGCGCACUCGUUCUCAGCCCAUCUCCCCCGGGGGCUUUCAGUCCCUCGACGACAAGCCUCGUCGAAGACGUGCGACACGAAGUGCCUCAGUGACCGAGGAACCCGAACCAACCGAGCAAACAACCACCGCCAUACAGCCUAAACCAGCUGCUUCAAAUCGCCCUGGCCGCCCAAGAAAAGGUACUACUAGUAAAAAGACCGCCAGGAAAUCGAAAGUGGCCCAGUCGCAUGCUCCCGCACCCGAGGAAUCUUCAUCAGUUCCAACCGAACAGUUAGAAGCGUCCACUGCUGAGCGACCUCUCGAGAUGCAAGACCUGGAGCCUAGUACCAACACAAGUCAUCUCCCCAAUGGAACUCCUUCUCGACGUGAUAGACUUCUAGGCCCACGACAGGCUACUCCUAUCGCGCGCCGCUCCCGCGCCUCAUACUCCGAUAUCUCAAGCCGUCGCCGGAAAGAUGCCGGCGGACGCGUGGCCCAAACUCUUUUCCGUUUACCAGAUCUAGUCGACCAGGCCUUAACUGCUGAGCCCACCACGCCAGGCCGACGCGCUUUUGUCACUGAAGACGCUGCUACGGCCGUUGCGUUCCCUAGUACCCCAGCGCAAAAUCAAACUACACCCACUGCACCCAAGACCGCCCCGGCCGCCGGCCAACGUGCCGAACCAGGAGCCAGCGCCAGUACACCGCGCAGCUGGAGCCGAUGGAUUUUCAAUUCCGUGUCCCGGAGAUGGUCUACCAUUCGUGGACGCAUUGGACCUCGCAACCCCGACGACGCCGAGCCUGAAGCCGAUGAAGAGGCAGCAGCAGAUGAAGAAGUAGAGCCACCCACCACACCAACUGCUACUUCAACUGCCGUGGUCGCCGUCGAGCCUGCUGAUACACUAGUCCCGUCUGGCUCGGUCCCUCGUCGUAUGCGCAAGCGAGCCAAGUCAAACUACACGUACUCUCUCCGCCCUGCUGGCUUCAGUGAGGAACUUCUUACUAGUUGCUAUAGCAGAAUGCGCACUACCCCCGCUAAUACAGACGAUGAUGACUCUAAGAAGCGCAAGCGAGAGCCGUCACCCGAAUCGAUUCCAAACCCACCGGGAUGCAGCUACGGUCUCAAUGAUGAAUUCUUUGAAUUUGAUUCAGACGACGAGAAAUGGGCCGAGGAAGAACAGGCUCGCCGGGAUGCUCUCGCCCAAGAAACUGCUCCCUCAGCUGCAAAGAAGCAGCGUGUUGAUAACCCACAGCCAAAACGACGUCGCCAUGUUCUCCACCAAAGCACCCCGCGCAAAGCCGAAGAACGUCCUGGCUAUAAUGCCAAUCGACCUACACGAUUGUAUCAAGCGACUGAUCUGUCCGCAGUCGAAUCCAGCGAGUUCCUCUCCGAAGGCGAGAAUGGACCUUAUGUCACUCAAAACCGCAUCGACAAUCGCAACACUGCUCCUAUUGUUGUCACAAACCCACAUGGCACCUUCCGUACACCCGGAUGGGACUCCUCUUCAGACCCUGUCAUGGAAGAGACCCCAUUCGCACCGCCUCGUCACGAAGCUGAAGCUUCUUCCCCUGCUAAUGGUAUGUUUUCGAACCCAGGAUUUCCCUCCUCACCCCCAGAGAUCUAUACUUUAAGCCCAGAUCUACGCGAAACCUUGAACCGAAAUGGGAUACCCCAGACGCGGCGUCGUAUUUUCCCAUAUCCGCAUGCCAUGGACGCAACCUUAUCUUACACUGAAGCUGACCUAAUGAAUGAAGAAGCCAGUCCUUCUACCUCAGGACCGGGCAAUGAAACCCAGGAUCCAAACGAUGAUAACACGACUGAUGCUACCCGCGACGCCUCGACACAGGCCAUUGAUCCAUCCCCACUCAGCCGAGCCCGUAACAAGGCUGAACAAUUCAAACCUAAAACACCUAGUCGUCUUCGCGAAGCUCACCGUUUCCCGAGCAGUACCCCCAAUUCCACCGCCUCCCCUUCAUAUCUCAAAGACCUGAAGAGCACACCUUCCCUUUUCAGUGAUCCUAUGUCAAUGGAUGGAUCCUCUUACUUGAAGCCUGCGGUAUCCGCCAGUGGAUCUGCCACACCCUCUGCUACUCCGUCUGCCGCCCCUGCCACCCCAGUUGAUGCACCCACUAUCUCUCGUGCAGCUACUACAGCUGGUAGUGCUUCACUUGCUUCCGCCCAGAACCCUCCCACCUCUACCAACAAUUCCCUCGUCGGCCUGGACUUUAGUGAUAUCGGGCCUGACUGGUUACGUUACGAGUGUCCCAGCGGCUCUUUGAACCAGCUCAUGUGGCCUAACCCUACUGAGAUCACCGAAGUGUUACAUUCUGAAGCCAAACCGACUGUCAGCCUCAAAUGGGAGCAACGGAACCAAGAAGCAGUCAAUUGCUGGUUACAACAAAUCGAGUCCGAAAGCUCGUGA